AUGUCCACAACAGCAAAUCUACAUGCGUGUCUGGAUCGAUGGUCAGCGAGGCUGACGUCAUUGCCCAGCAUCGCCCUGCCCACCGACUACCCUAGACCAGCCACAUCACAACUCGUUCAAGCCCUUGCUUCGUCCACGCUAUCAUCGGCGACAAGGAAGGACCUUGUUCGUCUCGCCCUUCAUCAUGAGCUCGAUCUGCAUCCUGCGGAAAAUACUCAGGAAGACGACGAUGACAACUCCAGCCCAACACCUUUCCACCUUCUGCUUGCCGCUUUCUGCGUGCUCCUCCAUCGAUACACGGGCGACAACGACCUCGUCAUUGGCUCCUCGAACCCAUACACAGGCGAGUCUAUGAUCCUUAGGAUCCCCAUCGAACCCAACGACCCAUUCUGGCAGAUUGUUCGACGCAUUCAGCAAGUCGAGAAGGAGGCUGCUGCUGAUGCUGUUCCCUACGACGAGAUCGUCAAGCGUGUUGAAGCGGAACGUGCAGAGCGUGAAGGUCCUUUGCCAGAAGGCGUUCAGAGCGCUCCCAUCUUCCGAGUCCGCUUCUUCGACGAAACAGGAGGCAAGGCCCGCAACUUCAUGCAAUCCACCUCGCUCACCACAGAUCUCACCGUAUUCCUGACCAAGCCGGGUGCAACACCUGGCCAAGACUCUGCAAGCCAGUCAACACCUAUAGAAUCAGCUACACCUUCGUCUAGUGCCAACGCUACCCAUACAUUCCGAGACUCACUUGUGCCCAAUAUCGCCGUUCACCUCUCUUACAACUCGCUCAUCUUCUCUUCGCAGCGCAUGCAGCUGGUUCUUGCUCAGCUUUCGCAGCUCAUCUCAGUCGCUGCAGCCAACCCUGCCUCGCCAGUGGGCAGCUUGCCUAUCCGAACACCGCAGGAGAACGCGUUCCUCCCCGAUCCCACCAAGGACCUGGAAUGGUGCGGCUUCAGGGGUGCCAUCACUCAGAUCUUCGAACACAACGCACGGGCUCACCCUGACCGAAGAUGCAUCGUCGAAUCACUGUCGGACGACUCCGGCUCUCCUGCCGAGCCAGCUGCACCAGCUAGCCGUGUUCGCGAGAUCACAUACGGACAGCUCGACCGUGCUUCUAAUGUCGUCGCUCACCACUUGUUGCAAGCAGGUGUCCAGCGUGAAGAAGUUGUCACCACCUACGCUCACCGUGGCGUCGACCUUGUUGUAGCUGUUCUUGGUACUCUCAAGGCAGGAGCCACCUUCAGCGUCAUCGACCCUGCUUAUCCACCUUCGCGACAGAACAUCUACCUGCAAGUCGCCAAGCCCCGUGCCUUGAUUGUCCUCGCCAAGGCUGGUACGCUCCAGCCAACCGUUCGCAAGUGCAUUCAGGAUGAGCUUGAGCUUCGAACCGAGAUCCCAGCUCUCGAGCUGCUUGACGAUGGAUCCCUUCGUGGUGGUGCCGUAUCGCAGGGUGCAGCUGACAUUUUAGAGAAGCAGCAGUCUCUGGCUGGCGAGAGCACCAGCGUCAUUCUCGGUCCAGACAGCGUCGGCACACUCUCCUUCACUUCUGGAUCGACUGGUAUUCCUAAGGGUGUCAAGGGUCGACACUUCUCGCUCACCCACUUCUUCCCAUGGAUGGGCGAGCGAUUCGGUCUCGGUGCACACGAACGAUUCACCAUGCUGUCAGGCAUUGCACACGACCCUAUCCAGCGAGAUAUCUUCACGCCAUUGUUCUUCGGUGCCGAGCUCCACAUCCCUACCUCCGAGGACAUUGGUACUCCUGGCCGUCUUGCUGAGUGGAUGGCAGCCAGCAAAGCCACUGUCACCCAUUUGACACCAGCCAUGGGUCAGUUGCUCAGUGCCCAAGCUAUUGCUUUGAUCCCCUCGCUUCGCAACGCUUUCUUUGUCGGUGAUGUGCUCACCAAGCGUGAUUGCACCCGUCUUCAAGCCCUUGCUGCCAACGUAUGCAUCAUCAACAUGUACGGCACCACCGAGACGCAGCGUGCCGUCAGUUACUUUGCCAUCCCUCCUGUCAGCACCUCAAGCACCUUCUUGCAGACCCAGAAGGACAUCAUGCCAGCUGGUCAGGGUAUGAUCAACGUCCAGCUCCUCGUCGUCAACCGCAACGAGCGUACUGCCACUUGUGCUGUUGGUGAGGUAGGCGAAAUCUACGUACGAAGUGGUGGUCUCGCCGAAGGCUAUCUCGGCCCUCCCGAGGUGACAGCAGAGAAGUUCAUGCCCAACUUCCUCGCCCCCAACCUCUGCUUCCCCGACACUAUCAAAGACAAGCCUGAGGGUCAGUUCUGGAAGGGCGUCCGUGACCGCAUGUACAAGACCGGUGACUUGGGUCGAUACUUGCCUGACGGUACUGUCGAGUGCACUGGUCGUGCCGAUGACCAAAUCAAGAUUCGUGGCUUCCGUAUCGAGCUCGGUGAGAUCGACACUCACCUGUCUCGUCACCCUCACGUCCGCGAGAACGUCACCUUGGUGCGUCGAGACAAGGACGAGGAGAAGGUUUUGGUGUCGUACUUUGUCCCCGGACCUGGCGCUGCCGAGUUUGAGGAGCAGCUGACCGAAGACGACGAGGCUGUCACUGCUACUGCCUCCGCUGCAGGGGGAAAAGCUGCUCGUGAUGCCAUGCUUGUUAAGGGUAUGCGACGUUACCGCAACCUGAUCAAGGACAUCCGCGAUCACCUGAAGAGAAAGCUCCCCGCCUACUCGAUUCCCACCCUCUUCGUGCCGCUCAACAAGAUGCCGCUCAACCCGAACGGCAAGAUCGACAAACCCGCUCUUCCUUUCCCCGACACAGCUAUGGUUGCUGCGGCUGGUUCAAGCAGUUCAGCUACCAAGGGUAGCAAAGACAGCGGCGCUGCUCUGACCUCUGCUACACCGACCGAACGAUCCGUCGUCGAGCUCUGGUCGCGACUCCUGCCUAACGCCCCUUCUCCGAUACCAUUGGACGAAAGCUUCUUCGAUCUUGGUGGACACUCGAUCCUAGCCACGCGACUGGUGUUCGAGAUGCGAAAGCAGUUCGUCAUCAACGUGCCACUCGGCGUUGUCUUUGAUGCUCCCACUGUGCGUGGUCUAGCCAAGGCUGUCGACCAGCUUCGACAGGCUGAUCUUGGCCUCGGUGCUACUCAGGCCAACGCAACAUCGUCCAACACCAAGCAGAGCGAGGAGACUAACCUCGACGAGAACUACGGAGCAGACGUGGCUACCCUCACACCCAGCUUACCUGAAUCGUUUGCUGGUGACAAGGUGCGCAGCGCCAGCGAGGGCCCUCGAACCGUCUUGGUCACUGGUGUCACUGGGUUCCUCGGCGCCUUCAUUCUGUACGACUUGCUCACCAAACGUUCGUCGAGCAUCGCCAAGGUGUACGCCCACGUGCGAGCCAAGGACGAAGCUACCGCGCUGCAGCGUCUGCGCGAAGGAUGCAAAGGUAGAGGUAUUUGGGAUGACAAGUGGGUGAGCGAGGGCAAGCUCGAGGUUGUUCUCGGUGACUUGGCUGCUCCUCAGCGUCUCGGCAUGUCUGAGCAGGUGUAUGCCAAGCUAGCUGACGAGGUCGAUGACAUCUUGCACAACGGUGCUCUCGUCCACUGGGUCUACCCGUACAGCAAGCUGCGAGCUGCCAACGUGGGCUCAACGAUUUGCGCCAUCAAGCUCUGCAACGCCGGCAAGAAGGCCAAGACCUUCACCUUUGUUUCGAGUACUUCGGCUCUCGACACGGACCACUACGUUCGUCUGUCAGACUCGAUAGUGCACGGCCAAGACCCUGCUCAGACCGGAUCGUCUGCUCAGCUGCACGGUGUUCCCGAGACCGACGACAUCGAGGCGAACGCCAAGGGCCUCACCACUGGUUACGGUCAGUCCAAGUGGGUCGCUGAGAAGCUUAUCAUGAUCACUGCUUCUCGCGGCCUCAAGGCUUCGAUCGUCCGACCUGGUUACGUUGUCGGUGACUCCAAGACCGCUGUCACCAACACCGACGACUUCCUUUGGCGUCUGGUCAAGGGUUCGAUCCAGCUUGGUCUCAUCCCUGACAUGCACAACUCGAUCAACAUGGUUCCCGUCGACCACGUUGCUCGCAUCGCCACCUUGGCAUGCCUCAACAACGCUAAGGAGCUCGAGACGAUCAACAAGACGCCUGGCACCAACGCCAAGGUGUUCCACGUGACCAACCACCCCAGCAUCCGCUUCAACGACAUGCUCGGUCAGCUCAGUCGAUACGGCUGGAAGGUCGAACAGACCGAAUACGUGCACUGGCGAGCGAGACUCGAGGAGCACGUUCUCAGCAGCGGAUCAGACUCUGUCGAGGACAAUGCACUCUUCCCUCUGCUUCACUUUGUUCUAGAUGACUUGCCGACAUCGACCAAGUCGCCUGAGCUGGACGAUCGCCAUACACAGGCGAUCUUGGAUGCGGCAUCGGAGGGUCAGGCGCAAAAUACCGUCAUGGGUGUCGGCCGCUCGCUUGUGGGCUUGUACUUCGCUUGGCUGCUGGCUGUUGGCUUCUUGCCACCUCCUUCAUCGAGUGAUGCCGAACCUUUGCCCAAGUUGGCCAACAUCGGCGCUGAGAUGAAGGCUAUCGGACGUGGUUCCGCCAACUAG